CUCACACGCCUUUCUUUGUAUUCUACUAUCUUAAAAGCGCUUCUUGUGUGAUGGGGGUCACACGCCUCCUGGCCAUCUUGGCCAUCACAUCUCAGGUCUCGAGUGAAGACUUGUUGGACGAUUGCCAGGAAGAGCAGUGUGCUCUGAAUGCAUUGCAGAUGAAAAGCCGAAAGGUGUCGAUGGAGCUUUGGCAGCAUGACGCCGACACAGAGGCUUUCAAGGUUCCCGACAUCAAAGCCACGGCAGCCACGGGACGCUUCCUUGAGACCGACGUGUCCUCGGAAGUGUCCAUCCCGCGGUUCUACCCCCUCAACCAUGGUUGGCACAAGGUUGCUGUUGAUGGAGGGGACACCGUUGGCUUUAGCAGGAGCUCAUUGAGAUACUGUGAGUAUUUUUGUGCCACCACUAAAGGCUGCCACAGUAUCAUUUCUUGCCCUAAGACGCGCGCCUGCCAUCUGAAAUCUGCAGCCCUGACUGGUUCGGAGCCUUUCAAGCAUGACCCCUACUGCCAGACUUGGUACAUGAACAUGGGAUCUGUGACGGUUGGCACCUGGAGUGGCAAGAAGGUGGAGUACCAGCAAUGCGAGAAGGGCACAGUCCCUCAGGGUGGCAAAUGCGUGAAAGCAGACGGACCUGCGACGAUGACUUUCUAUCAAUACAGUGCACAGAAGAAGUAUGACCCUGACCGCAUUUGGGAGAACGUGGAUAUGGCCAGCCUUGGUGGAGUACUGUUUUACCUUCACAAUGAGGUGGUCGAUAGCAAGGGCGAGCAGCUGAACAAGGAUGGAACGAAAUCCACCAAGUUCGACAUCGAUCGCAUCGUGCGCUUCAAAGUCACAGUGCACAACACACAAGCCCUUUGGAAACAGUUCCGCUCACAGUUUGGGCAAUUCAUUCAAUUUGACUAUGGGCAAGCCACCUUUGGCAUGCCUGACCAUGUCAAGAAGUGCAACGACAUUUGGAGCAAGUUCGGCUUUGAAGUCGGCUGUCAAAUUGUCCCCGACGGAAUUUCGGGCUAUGAAGGUGGCUUCUGGAGCUCAUUUCCUGGACGCUGCCCAUCCAUGCCCUUCUCAGAUGACGCCCCUCAGGUGAUUCACCAGGGUGAACACAAGAAGACCAUCAGCUGCAUGAGAGACUGGGCUGGAGGUUCGUGCCCGGAGCCUGAUGGAACCCCUGACUGCACCUGGCAUAUCGAGCCUGCUGGAUAUGUCAUGCUGAACGAGCUGAUGGGCGAAGAUGCCAGUGAGAUUUUGAACUCUGGAGGACACCUCUACGAUGAAGUUCUAGAUGGUGGACUGGGCACCAGCAAGAACUUCUGGAAAGGGAAAAAGAGCACGAAGGCAUGCAAACAAAGAAUGGACAAACUGUUGCAGCUCUUCGCAAAGAAGUUCCCUGAUUUUGAUGCAUCACUACCAGAUCCUACCUGCGAUUUUUGGCGCUGAUGAGCUGCAUGAAUGGAGAAAUUUGAGCAGACAGAAGAUCUGCACGAUGUGUCCAAAAAUACCAAAAAUGGUAUAUUCCCC